GGACGUGAAGAGACUUCUACUUGCAUAACAGAGAACCCCAACAGAAAGUGACUUGUCUGCCGGAUAGUCCUCUCAAGCUAAGACUCACAGCUGUUCCCUGAGUUUUUUUCUUCCUUCUCUGUUUCUCCCUUCUUCCCAUUUGCCUUCCAGGACAUCAAGAAUCCCCCCACUGGGUUCAAAACCUCACCUGGGUCCUCACCAAUAUCGUCACCAGAGCCAUGGCCAAUACCACCUUCCACCUGGCUCUACCUGGUACUUGGUAUCCUGACCUGACAUUUGACCUCUGUGAUAUCCUGGAUGGAACCUGGGGAGCCACAAAAGAGCCUGAUUGGUUUGAGCCCAAGAUGUACCACCCUGGUAAUGCUCCCUGCUGAUGCACCUGGCCGGCCACCCGGAAUAAGCUCCUAUUGCGGCAAUGGUAUGUCUGUCCUGGGGACUCCGCCUCAAAGCGACAGCCAGGCUGUGGAAGAACAGAACACUUCUUUUGCUACUCCUGGUCCUGCAUCUCAAUGGGUGAUAUUAAUUGGAAGGCCCCUGUUGGGGAUGACCUCAUCACAGUAACUUGGAUAUCUGGAAGCUGCUCCUCAGGCUGAACAGCAUCUGGGCCCAUGUUCCAGGGACCAUGCUCCAACAAGUGCAACCCCCGUAUCUUGAAAUUCACCUCUUGAGGGAAGACCGGACCAUCUGUCAUUCAAGGUACAGUUGAAGUCCUAACCUCUUUAAUGCAAGAGCUACAGAACAGUGGAAAGACUGAUUCUGAACUUUGGAAAAACUGUGAGUUAUCCAGAGUCUGAGGAACCAGAGACACAGCCAGAAACAUCCACAUCCCGAGAGGACUGCAAUGUGGACAACACCUCAGUGAGCAGCGACUAUGGCACCUUCUGUGUCUUGGAAUUGAACACCUUCAAGGCUAAAGACCACACAGAGCUCAUGGAGUACAUGGCUCCUUCCCAGGGGCAGCAGGUGGUACCUGCAGUGAGGGCAGACUCCCCUACAGGUGGCGGAGGAACCAGGAGUUUUUUCACACAGACCCCUGAAGAGUUUUGUGCAUCUCUAAAGGAAGAAGUUUCUACUUUUUCUGGUGAAUUUGAACAUAAUUUUCUUGAUGAAAAUAAAAUUUCUGAAGUAUACAGUGGAAAAGCAAAUAGUAGUACGUCUAUAACAUCCUGGGCACAAAAGCUGAAGCAGAACCAGCCGAAGAAAGCACAUAUAGAAGAUGGCUGCUCAGGACCUAAGCUGGGGAGUGAGUUAAGCAAGAAGCCUCCAGCUGAAACCGUCCUGACUCUUCAUCCGACGGUUCACAUGAAGCCAACCCCACAGAUUUCAGGGAUUCAGCCACAUGGCUUUUUGAAUACUCUUGAUUACAGAAUAAACUUUUCACCAGGCUCUGUUCUGGAACCAAGUAUGUCCAGUCAUUCUGACAUUGAUUCAUUUUCACAAGCAAGUAAUAAUGCUUUUCAGUUAUCUGGGUUCCCAAAAUAUCCUUCACAUAAGAAAGCUUCGCCAGUGGACACUUGGAAAAACCAUGCCUUCCAGAGUGAAAGUAGGACCAGUUCCACGUUUCCUUCAGUAUAUACAGCCACUAGUAAUGAUACCUCAGUCAAAACUGUAGAUGAAGAAAACACUCUCAAGGUGGCUUCAGCCUCGGUCAGUCAGUCCCAGCUUCCAGGUACAGCCAACAGUGUCCCAGAAUGCAUUUCAUUGGCUUCCCUGGAAGAUCCUGUGAUGUUAUCUAAAAUCAGGCAGAACCUCAAGGAAAAGCAUGCUCGACAUAUAGCGGAUCUUCGAGCUUAUUAUGAAUCAGAAAUAAAUAGCUUGAAACAGAAACUAGAAGCAAAAGAAAUUUCUGCUGUUGAAGAGUGGAAGAAGAAAAAUCAAAUUCUUGUAGACAGAUGUGACCAGUUAGAUAGUGCUUUGAAUGAAGCUACUGGUCGUGUGCAAACACUUGAAAAUAAGAAUAAUUUACUGGAAAUAGAAGUGAAUGAUUUGAGAGAACGAUUCAGUGCAGCCAGCAGUGCCUCCAGACUUUUGCAGGAACAAAUCAAGGAAAUGAGAAUGAGCAAUAAAGAAAAAGAUAAUACUAUCAUUCGACUAAAAUCUCAACUGCAAGAUUUGGAAGAAGCAUUUGAAAAUGCAUACAAACUCUCAGAUGAUAAAGAAGCUAGACUGAAACAAGAAAAUAAAAUGUUUCAAGAUCUCUUAGGAGAGUAUGAAUCCCUUGGAAAAGAGCAUGGACGAGUAAAGGAUACACUGAAUACAGCUGAGAACAAAUUGCUUGAUGCACACACUCAGAUUUCUGAGUUGAAAAGGACGAUCUCAAAACUCGAAGUUCAAGUGAAGCAAGUAGAGCAUGAAAAUAUGUUGAGUCUUCAUCACAAUGCUAAUGCUCCUGUGAGGCCUUCCCAAGCCAAUACACUAGCAACCUCAGAUGUGAGCUGGCGGAAGUGGCUGAUACCAGGCGCAGAGUAUUCCAUCUUUACUGGACAGCCUCUGGACAUCAGGGAUAGGACGAUGGAUAAGCAGCUGGAGGAAACCUGUGUUCGUGGUUACUGUUUUAGGUACCAUUCUCCUCCAGAAAAGGAUUCUUCACUUAGAAGAUCUCCAGCAAGCUUAUUGAUUGAAAAACAAAGAGAAGCUUCGGAUACGCCAAUCAUGAAAGCUUUAAAAGACUUUGAUGAAGAAAGAAUAUUAAAAAAUUGGGUGAUGCAAACAGAGAAAGAAGAUACCUCAAGCAAGUUAGUGAAUCCUCCACAAGCUGAAUCUUCAAUCAAUACAGGCCGUUCCCCUGAGAAAUGUACCCAGCAGAGACCAAAGAGACAGAAUUCAGCCUCACAAAGAUCAUCAUCUUUACCACCCUCAAAUCGUAAAGCCAGCACUCCAACAAAAAGAGAAAUUAUGUUAACACCAGUGACUGUGGCUUAUAGUCCUAAGCGCUCUCCUAAAGAAAAUUUGUCUCCAGGAUUUAGUCAUCUACUUAGCAAAAAUGAAAAUAGUUCAAUUCGAUUUGAUAUCCUUUUGGAUGAUUUAGAUACUGUUCCUAUGUCCACAUCACAACGAACUAGUCCAAGAAAACAGCUCCAGUUUCUUCCUCUUGAUGACCCAGAAGAAAAAAAGUAUUCAGAAAAAGCCACUGACAACCCUGUUGAUCAUAGUGCUUGCCUUGAACGCUUGCCAAAUGGAGUGAAGAAUGUAUCCAUGAGACCAGCAUGGGAGAACAGAGCAGUUAGCUAUGAACAGUGUAAGGCUGUUUCAGUAACACCACAGGGCAAUGAUUUUGAAUAUACAGCAAAAACUAGGAUGCUAGCAGAAACAGAACGAUUUUUUGAUGAACUUACAAAAGAAAAGGAUCAGAUUGAAGCAGCCCUAAGCCGAAUGCCUUCUCCUGGAGGAAGAAUCACUUUACAGACGAGAUUAAACCAGGAAGCCUUGGAAGAUCGUUUGGAAAUGAUCAACCGAGAACUGGGUUCAGUUCGAAUGACACUCAAGAAGUUUCAUGUUUUGCGCACCUCUGCAAAUCUUUGAGAUUUGUAGCCAUUAAAUUUAAGACAUUUUUGUUUGCACUCAUGUAUAUUAUGUACCAGGAAAAGGCGAGCUGUUUUGUACUAUUUAUAGCCUUCAAGCUGUAGUUUUACAAUCGUUCUAUUCUUACACUUGCUAUUUUAUAUUUCAAAUGGUCACAUAUUUUCAGGAUAUUUUUCUUAUGCUCAGGAACUUCUUGUAUAUUUUACUAUUACUAUUUAAGAAGCAUUAUUUUAAAAUAGUAUAUGUCUUCAAUUUAUUAUCAACAAUAAGGAAACGUAAACAGAGGCAGCUUGUUUCUAAAGAAAUAGUAUUAUCCUUUUACAAUGAACUUUGCAUACCAAUUUUAUAAAUUUGUUCUACAUUGUAAAUACAAUUCAUUUAAAAAAAUAAAUGCUGAACAGCUUCCAUAAGAAUAGACUAAUACAUGGCCAGAUAUAUAAAAAAUAUAGCAUACUUUGCAUUUUGGUUGUGCAGAGGUUUUUAAAAAUUGAUAAUACAGUUCCUAUUUGAAGCAUAUGUCUUAAAGUGAAUAUCAGAAUAGUAUUUGUUGGGCCAGCAAGAUGGCUCAGCAGGUAAAAGCACUUGCUGCCAAGCCUAAUGGCCUGAGUUUGAGUCCCAGGACCCUACAUAGUAGAAGUAGAUAACUGACCUACAAAUUGUUCUCUGCUAUAUGAGCACUAUGGCACAUCACUGCCCCUCUCAAAUAAAUAAAUGUAAAAAAAAAAAAAAAGGAAUAGUAAUUCUUGACUAAUAUAAUUCAUUUUAUUUCCUUAAAAAAUUUAAGGAAAGAAAAAGAUUAGAGACAUAAAUUCUUUAAUUUUGUCUGGUCAGAAGUACUUUUAAAAAAAGUAAGCAGUUGGAAAGCUGUAGCUUUUUGCCCAUUAUCCAGGAUUUAACUUGUGUCAGACUUUGUGUCUUAAGACCUUAGACAACAAAUGGGUAAAGUAUUUUUGCAGUAUAGGCCAUCACUCAGUGAGAAACCAGAGUAACCCCAAUUUCCAUUAAGUAUAAAGCUUCAACUCCCAAAGUCAUCAUCCAAACAUUUUCACCGCCUAACCUUAUCUGACCCCCUUUCCACCUUUGCCAAAAAGAAAAUGUUUCCACCAGGUGUUGUGGCACACGCCUUUAAUCCCAACACUUGGGAGGCAGAGG